AUGUCGCCGCUCGUUCUCAGGGGCCUGUGCGCCCUCUUAGCUGUCACAGCCAUCGAUGGAGGCUUCGCAGCCUCAUCUAGCCGGCCUUCUCAACGAGUUCGCAGCUCUUCUGCGAGCGAUAAUACAACAGCUCAGGGGGUUCGCACUGGCCUCAGGGGUUCUCUCGAGGCUCUGAGAGAGAGAUCUAGUAACGGCAAUGGCAACGGCAGCAACGACAUCAACGGUAAUGCGAGAAGUGGCAAUGGGUCAGCCUCCUCCCUGGAGGAAGCGCUAUCCCAGCCCGCCACAAUCGAGCUUGCUGCCGUUGCAUUAUCUAGCAUCAACACUUUCUGGCUUUCUUUGUCUCCCGCAGCACGCAGCGAGCUACUGAAGGAAAUGGGUAGUGCAGCACAAGAAAAUGGUGACCAGUUAGAUGCAGAGGACGUUGCAGAUUCCGCUUCGUCGUCGCCCGCUUCUCUCUCGAAUGGGUCCGUGGCCACUUUGUCCAGCAACCAAGCAAGCCGCAGCAUCAAUGGCAACAGUCGCAGAAGCACUGUCCGUAGCAGACAGCUUAGUGAAGAUGCAGCUCUGUUUCGAGUCUUGCAGCGCCUUGAUUCGUCUUCCCGCCCUCCACCUGGUGUGAGCAGCACCAGCACUGUCAGACCGCUCAGUAGCUUCAGCAGCACGCGUGCCGCCAUAUCCCUCAGCUCCAGCACCAGCUACUCUGCAAGUGCCAUAUCCCUCACCACAAGGCCCACAGCCGUUGGCAGCCUUGACGACAGCGACCUUGAAGACAAUGAAGACGACGAGGGAAUCGAGGAUACAGAUGAAAUUGAGUUCGAGGAAGUCGAAAUUUCGCCUGAAGACAGCGAGGCACAGGACAGCGCCUUGGACAGACUGAGGGAAAGACUGCGCACCCUGAAGCUUGAGCAGGAAGAUAUCAUCUUGGCUUUCCGAGGCUUUGUCAGAAGAUUCCAUGACUACCUAGACAGCUACAAUGAACGCCUGUUCGAGUAUGUCAAUAGCGAAGAGUUUGAGGCCCAGAUUGAUAGGCUGAGAGAAGCAGUCCGCCAGUAUGACGAAGAGCAUCCACACGAAGAUCAUGAAGAAGAAGAGGGCGAGGCUCCUGGUGGACCCUUACCCCCUGGACGCAGAACAACAACAACCACCGAAGCACCGGGUGGCAGUAGCACAACGCUAGCAGCAGCUGAUGGCAGUAGCACAACGCUAGCAGCAGCUGAUGCUGCCUUAGCAACAGAACCAAACCUAGGAGGACGUGCUCGACCGCAGGGGAUCACAGUGUGGAGUGAGCCUCCCGUUACGCAUGGCAUUUAUGGUACAGGGGUAGUGCGCUGCUAA